CUCGGCUUUCACUCCAACCGCUACCCAAUCCCCUUUACAGUUUCUCAAUCUCGUGGAAACCAUGUCUACUCCCUUGCGCUUCAUCUCCAAGCUUCAUGGCCGACGUGUCCUUGUCCUAGGUGGGACGUCAGGGAUUGGCUUCGCCGUUGCUGAGGCCGCCCUCGAGCACGGAGCCCAUGUUAUCGUCAGCAGCUCCAACCAAGAAAAAGUCAACAACGCAAUUACACGGCUCCGCAAGGUGGCUUGCCCUCUCGAACCCAAUUCUUCCGAUCCUGGAACCACGCACGUCACUGGCAAAACUUGCAACGUUGGGAACCGAGCUACCCUCAAGGCCAACUUGGAGGCAUUACUCGAGUUCGCAACGUCCAGUCGCACGCAGCUAUUGGACCAUGUCGUCUACACGGUCGGAGACCACAUUGUUAUGGCGACAUACCGGCAGAGCACGGUAGAGGACCUCGAGAACCGACAGCUUGUCCGUCUCACAGCACCCGCAAUCCUCGGGGGUCUGCUGCCCAACUACGUGACCAAGUCACCGACCAGCUCAUACACGCUGACGUCUUCCACCACUGCCGUCAAGCCGCCGCCUUUGUUGACGUCUUAUACCACGCAGACUGUGGCUGUUCAGGGACUCGCGCGUGGCUUGGCGGUUGAGCUGAAGCCGGUCCGCGUCAACGCAAUCGAGAUGGGGCUCGUGCCGACUGAGAUGCAUGACCCUUGGCCGCAGGAAAUGAAGGACUUCGUCUUUUCCAAGUACAAGGAUGCGACACUGACAGGGAGCCUGGGGAACGUUGUAGAUGCGGCAGAGCCGUAUCUCUUUUGCAUGAAGAGCGCGUACAUAACGGGCACUUCGAUUGUCUCGGACGGCGGCAAUAGCUUGGUUUGACACUGGUCGCGGCCCCUCUUUACCACCUAGAUAUUGGUCAAAUUUAAUUUAGAUACUCAUUCGAGC